GCCAUCGCCGCAGCCACCACAGACUCCCUCCGCACCGUCGACGUCUUCGCCUGGCCCUCAGCAGCAUCAGCACCUCUCACCCUCGCCAAAGUCUCCUACUCCUGGCCCGCCCUGAAUGCCACCGUAGACUCAUAUACCGCACCUGCAGUCACAUCAGAUGAUUUCGUACGAGUAGGCGUACACCGUGCUGGCGACUGGGUUGGUGUAUCGACAAGAGGAGCCAAUUUCGAUGCGUCAAAGAAGCCUGCGCUGCGCUUGUUCGUCGAUUCUACCGGAGAUGUGUGGCAUGUUGGAUUCAGCACUGCGCCUGGAAAGUCUGCGGAUGGUUCGCUUGCUAUCGAGGUUGUGCCGCUGCGACAGGGCCCUCAGGUGGCCUUUGACAAGCCGAUUGUCGUGAACCAACAGGGCGAGCCCGAGGCCAAAGAACCCGAGAAGUCCUUCUUGCAAAAGUACUGGUGGGCAAUCGGCCUCUUCCUACUCGUCCAGGUUGUCAUGGGCGGUGGUGAUGGAAAAUAG